AUGGGGCUCCUCGCUGCGUUGCUGCCGGUCCCUGAAGAGUCGCUGCGCCAGGAAGUUCUGGCAGCUUGCGCGCAGCGGAGUCCAUCAUCAGUGGCUGCGGCAGAAUUGGGCCAGGUCUUGUCUGGGCUUGGGAUUGAGAGCAGCAACCCCAAACAGAAGGCCCUGAGACAGCGCUACAGCAUCACGCGGCGAGCGCACUGGAGGCUCCGAUGGCUGCUUCUAAAAGCUGUGGGCGCAGUUGGGUCUGGCUGUACAUGCGGGCUUGCAGGUGUUGCUGGUGGUGCUUUCAUCGGCAGCUGUCUCGCAAUUCCCAGCCGGGUCAUGCCGGACUUCCAGAUUGGUGAUACUGAGCUGAUCAGAGCUCUGAAAUCGGGUUACUUCGUGGUCCUUCUUCUCUACUACGGUGUGCAGCGCUGGGACCUUGUUGCGCUUGGUCUGAAGAUUGGGGCUGGGCUUGGAGUGUGCUAUGGCUUCUGGCAAGGCCUUGUGAUCGUGGAUCCAGAGGACCACGGGUUGCGCAGUGUCUUCUACGAAGGGCUGCGGACGUCCUUCUCAGCUAUGUCUGCGUCUACCUGCACCCACACCAGCGAAGGAGUCGCUUGGCCGGGCAGCACUGACGAGGAUCUGUAG